GGGGCUCCCUAGACACCGCUCCACUUUUAAACGUAGACUUUUUUCCCCGUUUAAAUGUCUUUUUCCUGCGAUCAUUCUAUGGACGGAAGUUUUCCUCCAUCCCCAGCGGAGGACCGGGGUUCAAAAAGGCUGUCGUGGAGCAAUCUGCUGCAGAGACUGACUAAACUAAAGGGAGUCAAUGAGAAACUCACAGCAGAUCAGCGCAACCGGAGUACAACUGGAUCUGUGGCAGACAUUUCCAUGUCAGACUCGGAGAGCAGUGUCUUCAUUCAUCCACUGGAGGAGACCCUGGCUGCAGAGGUUGUGGAAAUCAUAGCCCAAAGCCUAAGUGACACAUCACUCAUUGCUCUAAGCUGUUCCAAGCUCAUUUUACCUGACUGCCUUCUGCACAACAUUGGACAAGAACUCCUCCACUUGGCUGCAAGUGAGCCAUGUGGCCUGAGGGGAGCGAUUAUAGACCUAUGUGUGGACAUGGGUGACCGGGAAAAUCUACAAAGCGUGGACGAAAUAGCUGUUGAUGGCAGUUUAGUCCCAACCUUCCAUGUAACCCUGAUCCUGAGACCUGAGGCUGGAGGAUUGUGGCCCAGGGUUCAGAAACUCUUCAAGGGCAACACACAGAGUCAUAGUACAAUUUCAAGGCACCAACACACUCUAAGACUCGGUACUGGCUUCCGUGUCAUCAAAAGAAAACUGUACUGUACAGGGGAGCUACUGAUCGAGGAGUGCUAGUGAACAAAUACUCUGCUCAGUAAGAAGUCAAGCCUAUUAAAACUGAGAUAGGCACACAGAGAACACCGGUGGCUUUAGCAUUGCCUCAUGUCCAUCGUUGAUGCACUCAAUAGACACCUCAAAUGGCAGUGAAAAUAUGAAUUAUUAAUUUAAUGACAUUCCACUGGAUGUCACUGCAACGUUCCAGGUCACGUUACCACAUAUUUGUAGAUUUGAUGUUUGUAGUAUUUAUUUUUGUUUUUCUUUUUGUGUUUCAUGGCAGCUAUCCCAGAAAUCCAAUGUCAGAUGGUGAAAAAAUAUUUGUUGCUGACAUGAGUGACAAUGUACGCUGUAUGCCAAAACAUGGGUCUUAAUUUUUUUUCUCAUGAUAGUGAAUUGAUACCCUUGAUUUGUCAACUUGUGUGUGUGUGUGUGUGUGUGUGUGUGUGUGUGACAG